AUGACAGCAUCAAAGAUAUGUACAGUGCGGGUGGCUUCCCCGACUGUUUUAACAUUGCAGAUUUGGGAUGUUCUUCAGGGACAAACGCACGCCAUUUUGGUCAACUCCAAUAUUAUCGACACCAUCCGAGGGUUGUGCAAGCAUAACUAUAGCAAAGCACCCGAGAUUCAGGUGUCUCUAAAUGAUCUUCCAGAAAAUGAUUUCAACUCCGUAUUCAAAUCCCUCCCUCCAUUUUAUGACAAGCUUAAGAAUAAGGAAGGAGAAGAAGAAGAUCAAUUCGCGCCAUGUUUUGUGUCGGGGUGUGCCAGGUUCUUUUUAUGGAAGGCUUUUCCCAAGAAACAGCCUGCAUUUUGUUCAUUCCUCUUACAGUGUUCAUUGGCUCUCUCAGGAGCACUGCGGAUCCCACCUCAGCAGGUUGCUGUUGAGGGGCUCAUUCAAGAGGCGGACAUCAAUUCAUUCAAUUUGCCUUUUUAUACACCCUACAAAGAUGAAGUGAAGACUACAAUUGAAACGGAUGGUUCCUUUAUUAUUGAUAGGCUAGAAGCUUUUGAACCUAAACAGGAUCCCCGGAACAAGGAUGACGACGACGACUGUGUUUUUUAUAAGAGCAGCUUUGGGAGAAGUUUUGCCAAAGCCGUAAGAGCUAUCGUGGAACCUAUGUUGGCUAGUCAUUUUGGUCACUCUAUAAUGGACAAUCUGUUUGAGAGGUUUGCAGUAUGUGUGGCUGAACAUCUAGCUGUGGAGAAGACAAAGAGUCUUGACAUAGUUGUUGCAUUGAAAAAGAGAUAA